AUGGCAUCAACACCAACACCAACACCAGUGUUACCACCAGUUUCAUCAUCAACAAAUGACGGUCAACAAAUAAUAUCGUCACCUUCAUCGCAGCCAAGAAAUGUAAUUCCAUACAUGGAACAACAUCGAACAGCAAUACAAGCUGCACAAUUAGCUAAUCGAUUACAGUAUUUUCAUAUCAGUAGUGAUCAUAAUCCAAUAGGAAGAUCUGUUAUGGUAAAUAAUGCUUCACCGCAGCCAUCAUGGACACAACAUGAAAUAUUAGUUGAAGAUGGAUUGAUCGAGCGAUUCAAAAAUGUAAUCAAUGACUUUAUGAAGCGUCCUGGUCGUCGAUAUGCAUAUGAUGCUAACAUUCGUUGGAGUCUUGAACAUUGCCAUGAAAUAAGCUUUAGUGUUACUAUUUCAAUUAAGAAACCUACUGAUAUAGUUUGA